GUUAAGUCGAUUAAACGUACCGCAUGGACCUGAACGAGAAAUUGGGAGGAAUAACAAGAACACGAAACGAUACCUCUUCGCCUCGAAUUUAAUUGACCAUCCGUUAUAAAAACGAGAAGAUCCGAAUAGUAGGCGGAGAAGAACGACGAGAAGCAUCGAAGAGAGCCGAAUCAACACGAAGUCGGAAACGAACGAAGUUAAUCCGUUCUAUAUUGGAGGUGUAUUGGCAAUCAUCGUGUCUCGGUCAGCACUCUACCGUGUACCUGACUAUAAACUAUAUCACGCACGUAGAGUGCAUAGAUACGUCACGUAAGAGAGAAAGAAUAAGCGAGAAAGAGAGAGAGAGAGAGAGAGAUAAAAAAUAUUAAAAGAGAAAGAGAGAGAGAGAGAGAGAGAAACGUGUAAUAUCGUGACGCUCAUUUCACAAUAUACACAAAUAUCAGUAAUUGUGAAUCUCUCGUUAAAAUGUCGAGAAAAUCAGUAGUUAUCGCUGCCGCUGGCUGGCCCAGGGCAUGGGAACGUGGGGGUCUGAUAGGUGCAGGGGUAGGGGCAACGGUUCGAACGAGACCUAAUCGUUCGCGAACGUCGAACGUGCCGGUAGUUCAGUCAGUGGCUGUUGAUACGACAGUUCUUAGUCGCACCAUGGCGAGUACAGCGUCCAGCAAUAUGAAGAUUUUAAACGAGGAUAAUAUCUACGAAAAUAUCAAAAAGAUGGAAUACGCUGUACGUGGUCCUUUAUUGAUAAGGGCUAACGAGAUUGAGAAAGAAUUGCAAAAGGGUGCGAAAAAACCAUUUAAAGAAGUUCUUAAAGCUAAUAUCGGAGAUGCCCAUGCAAUGGGUCAAAAGCCUAUUACAUUUUUACGUCAAGUAUUGAGUUUAACCGUACUCCCAGAUCUCCUUAAUGAUCCAAGUUAUCCCGAAGAUGCAAAAUCUAGAGCAAGAGCACUUCUUCAAGCGUGUAGAGGAAGUGUAGGAUGUUAUACAGACUCUAUGGGAUUGGAAAUUGUUCGUAAGCACAUAGCACAAUAUAUAGAAAAUCGAGAUGGUAUACCAAGCAAUUAUGAAAAUAUUUUUAUGGGCAAUGGUGCAUCAGAUGCGAUCAAGUCUGUCCUGAAACUAUUUGCUGAAAAGAUAAAUAACAAACCAACUGGAGUUAUGAUUCCAAUUCCACAAUAUCCACUCUACAGUGCAAGUAUAUCAGAAUUUGGUCUUGCUGAAAUUGGUUAUUUUUUGGACGAAGACAAUAAAUGGGCACUGAAUAUCGCUGAAUUAGAAAGGUCAUUAAAUGAAAGCAAAAAGAGUUGUAAUCCUCGUGUUCUAGUCGUAAUAAAUCCUGGAAACCCGACUGGUCAAGUUUUGAAUCGGUCUAAUAUAGAAGAUAUUCUUAAAUUUGCUCACAAACAUCAACUAUUUAUAUUCGCGGAUGAAGUGUAUCAAGACAAUAUUUAUGAUAAAAACUGCUGUUUCCACUCGUUCAAAAAAGUGGCUAGUGAACUAGGAGCACCUUAUAAUCAAAUGGAGCUGGCCUCUUUCAUGUCUAUCUCCAAAGGAUACAUGGGUGAAUGUGGUAUACGUGGUGGUUAUGCAGAACUCAUAAAUGUGGACCCAACAGUAAUGCAAUUAUUACGAAAGUCGAUCUCGGCUAUGUUAUGCCCGACCGUUCUAGGACAAGUUGUGAUGGAUGUAGUGACAAAUACACCAAAACCUAACGAACCAUCUUAUGUAAAGUUUGAAGAAGAAAAACGUAAUACCUUAUUAUCUUUGGCAGAAAGAUCGCAAUUGGCUGUAGAUAUGUUGAACAGUAUUCCAGGCUACAAAACUAACCCAUCUAUGGGUGCGAUGUACGUAUUCCCACGAUUUGAGAUUCCACCAAAGGCUAUAGAAGCAGCCAAAGCUAAAGGUCAAUCUCCUGAUCUUUUCUAUGCCUUUAAAUUAUUAGAGGAAACUGGAAUUUGUGUGAUCGCUGGUUCAGGCUUUGGACAACUACCUGGAACAUAUCACUUCAGGACGACCAUUUUACCACAAAAAGAAAAAAUGAAAACGAUGUUAACUAGUCUAAAAGAAUUUCAUUUAAAGUUCCUCAAAGAAUACAGUUAAAAACUGUUAAUGCAUUUCUGCACAAACGUACGUGUGACAUCGUCUUUUAUUCGUAAAAGCUGCCUGUUUGUGCUUGUUAUUGUUAAUGAGUACCUGUAAAUAGAAGAGUAAAAGUGCAAUUACAUUAACAAAAAACAACGCGUAUCAGUCAUCGUCUCACUUCUACUAUAUUAAUUCUAUAUCAACACUUACUACUUAUCAAUAAAUGUACUUUAUGUCAAAAUAUU